UAGCAAAUAGGUACAUUCCCUUCAUUUUAUUUACAAUGAUUUUCUUUUCUUGUACUCGAGACUACAGGAGGAGAUUGGUGGUGUUUAGGAGGAGCCAAACUGAUCGUCUCUUCACUUUGAUCUCGAUUUCUUCUUCUCAAAUCGAUUAGGUUUCCUCUUCCAACUCUCACAGGUGUCUUCUAUUCCGUGUUUGCAAGUCAGAAUGUCGAAGUUUGAUCUUCCGUCCAAGGGUGGGUUUAGUUUUGAUCUUUACAGAAGAAACGCUAUGCUUUCGGAGAAAGGUUUUCGGCAACCAUCUUAUCGAAAGACUGGUACUACUAUUGUCGGUCUAGUUUUUCAGGAUGGUGUCAUUCUUGGAGCAGAUACAAGGGCCACCGAAGGACCCAUAGUUUGUGAUAAGAAUUGUGAAAAAAUUCAUUAUAUGGCUCCCAAUAUUUACUGUUGUGGUGCGGGAACUGCUGCUGAUACUGAGGCAGUAACAGAUAUGGUCAGCUCCCAACUUCAGCUCCAUCGCUAUCACACUGGGCGAGAAUCUAGGGUUAUUACUGCCCUCACCCUACUUAAGAAACACCUUUUCAACUAUCAAGGUCAUGUCUCAGCUGCUUUGGUUCUCGGUGGUGUUGAUGUCACUGGGCCUCAUUUACAUACCAUCUAUCCUCAUGGUUCUACCGAUACAUUGCCUUUUGCUACAAUGGGAUCUGGUUCUCUUGCAGCAAUGUCAGUAUUUGAGACUAAAUACAAAGAAGGAUUGACUAGGGAUGAAGGAGUAAAGAUCGUAACUGAGGCAAUAUGCUCUGGUAUUUUUAACGACUUGGGCAGUGGAAGCAACGUCGAUGUUUGCGUAAUAACCAAGGGGCAUAAGGAGUAUUUGAGGAACCAUUUGAUGCCCAAUCCUCGCACCUAUGUCAGUGAAAAGGAAUAUAGAUUUUCCGAGAAGACUGAGGUGCUUUUAACAAAGAUUACUCCAUUGAAGGAGAAGGUGGAAGUGAUUGAAGUAGGAGAUUCAAUGGAAGAGUGAAAGCUGGAGAAGCAGAUGGGUAUUUCUUGCAAGUUUUAAGGAUGGAAUACAUGUAUUCUACUUGUUCUUUCCUCUCGAGUUCAUUGUGUCAUUUUAUUUAACAUUUAUGCGGUCUUUGCUUCUGGAUCUCUCGCUUGUGGCCAAAGAAACUGUUUGGUUGGUACGUGGUAGUGUCAAAACAAUAGAGUACCACCUAUCCUAUCUGCCUUAGGAGUUCACAUUCAUCAUGAGAACCAUACAAGACUUUACGAGUACAUUGUUCUAUCUUUUAGAAAUGACACAAGAAUAUGCAUAAGUUGCCUAUUUUGAAA